AUGGCGAGUCAGCAGGAGUCGCCUUACACGGUCCACGCGGAGUCGAAGCUGCUGAAGUUCAAGACGAGGCAGACCAAGAAGCCGGCGCCGUGGCCGCGCGAUUCCCUCCUGGUGCGCAUCGGCUGCUCCGUGCGCAUCUCCUCCGAGUCCCACCACCUGACGCCCACGGGACCAGGACGAAGCGCCGAGCUCGAGCGGCAGCAAUACGAGUACGCCCCGGAUAGCGACGAGGAGGUCGUCAUCGUCGUGUUCCAUGCCGAGGACCUCCGGAGCGACGCCGCCUGCCGCGCCGCCUUCCGCCGGAAGCUCAGGCGGCUGCCGCAGCUCGCGGGGUUCCGCGGCGCCGAGGUCGCGCUCUGGGACGCCUUCGUGCCCCCGGGCGUCGUUGGCGAAAUCCUCUCUGCCGCCGCUUCUGCUCUUGUUGCCGCCGGAGGCGAAGAAGAAGAUGAUCUACGGAGCAGUGUCGGGUACUGCUGCGACGUGUGGAUGCACGUGGAGGCGGCGACCGUGUACAGCGAGGCCAAGGCCCUGCUGCUGUCGUGCACCGAUGAUGAUGUCGUCGGCGGCGGCGAGGAGCAGUGCCCGAUCUGCAUGGAGGAGCUGACGGAGGACGGCGGCGGCGUUACGGCUUUGCCUGGAUGCUCGCACGCGUUCCACAGAGCGUGCAUCCUCGAGUGGCUCCACACGGCGCCCACCUGCCCGUGCUGCCGCGGUGAACUGAUGCAGUAUCUUCCUCACCAAUAUUGUCAGUGCGAUGAGGCGUAG